GGAUAUCGAGUUCUCUCGGCGUACAAUCGGCCACUCGCCCACCUCACAGACUUGGCAGGAGCCUGAUACUCCGAUGGAAGAACCCCCCCGCUUGUCACCGGCUCAGAGGCCGAUGAGGGUCUUAGAAGACGAAAAGGUUCAUGUAGAGAAGACUGGCUUAUUAAAGCUGACAGAUUUCGAAGUCAAGGGAACUUUAGGGACUGGAACGUUUGCCCGAGUUCUUCUCGUUCGCAUGAAAACAGCGACUCCUGGUUCCCAGAAUAUUUUCGCGAUGAAAGUCUUACGGAAAACGGAAUUAGUCCGCCUGAGACAAGUCGAACAUGUAAACGCUGAACGCUACAUUCUUUCGCGUGUCCGCCAUCCUUUCGUUGUCGACCUUUUUGCUACUUUCCAAGAUAGCUUGAACAUCUAUAUGCUGUUGUCGUAUGUCCCUGGCGGUGAACUUUUUACUCACCUCCGUCGGGCCCAGCGCUUCACUCCUGACGUCACUCGUUUCUACCUUGCCACGAUCAUUCUCGCCUUGAAACAUCUACACUCCUACAACAUCAUCUACCGUGACCUCAAACCAGAGAACCUUCUUUUGGAUUCUCGUGGAUACCUUCGUCUUACCGAUUUCGGUUUCGCAAAAAUAGUAGACGACCGUACUUGGACCCUCUGUGGAACACCUGAAUACCUUGCUCCCGAAAUCAUCCAAUCUGAUGGCCAUGGAAAGGCAGCAGAUUGGUGGGCCUGUGGCAUUUUGUGCUAUGAAAUGUUGGUCGGAUAUCCACCCUUCUUUGAUGAGACUGCCUAUGGCAUCUAUGAAAAGAUUUUGAGGGGACAAGUACACUGGCCCAAAACCAUGGACCGGAUGUCGAAAGACUUUAUCAAAGCAUUUUUGCACCCUGAUCGUAGCAAGCGCCUCGGCAACAUGAUCGGCGGUCCUCAGGAUAUUCUUGAUCACCCAUGGUUUAGAGGUGUCGAUUGGGAUGCCCUGGAACGCCGUGAAAUCAAGGCGCCGAUCAUCCCUCACACCGCUUCUUUGGACGAUACCCGGCAUUUCUUACACCUUCCCAUCCCACCUAUGGAAGAAAUGCCUGGACUUGUCAGGGAAGAAAGACCGCCACCUGUCCAUGAAAGAUUCGAUCCCACUGCAUACCAAUUUCUUGAAUUUUAAUUCGCCUAGUUCGCGUUAUUUAUCCUAUGGCCUGAAAAGAAUACUCGGUCAAAACUAUAUCAAUAAUACAGCUUGUUCACAGCUCCGUCAACUGUUUCCUUACCACUCGACAGAGGGACGAUAGGCAGGUGUAUGAAGAGCGAUCGGCAUCUCGCUUGACUGUCCCUCUUGUCAGCAUACCUUCCUUUUGAUCUUCUGUGUUCCAUACUCUCUUUCUCUUUCUCUCUCUAUCUCUCUUUAGGGACUUCUCUCUCUCUCCGGUAACUCAUAUUCCUUGGUCUAUAAAUCUGAAGUGUAUCCCUUGACCUCUUUACUCGUGUAUAACUUGACUGCAGGGCUUUGCUGCCUUGAUAUUUAUUAUCUCGAUACUUUUUUUUUUUUUGUCUUCUAUGCUGUCUUCAACUCCCCUAAUAUUUCUUGCAUACCGAUUCCU